AAACCGGACUCAACGAGAGAUUGUUUUGGUGGAGUGUUUCCUCUCGAUUUUUUUCUUCUUUUAUUUAUUUUCUUUUUUUUUUGUUGUUACCAUUACUUUGAGACGUGGUUUUCCUAAGAGAAGCUCCAAAUCGUUCCUUUCGCUUUACUUUUGAUCUUUGUGUUUCUUUUCCUUUGGAUUCUGUAAGGUGGUUUGUCUCGGUCUCUGAUUAUUGUGCUUCUCAAGCUAUCGGUUGCGGUUACUUGUCGUGGUAGGGCCGAGCCGUAUCAAUAGGUUCUCCCAGAAAUCGGUUGUACUCGUUUAUCUGUUGUUGGAUAUUUUUUUCGCUAAACAAAGGAAAAGUCUCUUGGUCAGUUGCUCACUUUUCCAAGGCGCGCUUCCCAUUGUUUCGCUGUUUUCGCUUCGCCGAUUCUCUCUCACUCUUCUUGCUCUUCUCUCUCUUUUCUUGCUGAUUUCGUCCAAUAAUGCCCACCAUUCUGAUCAUCAAUCCCAACUCUUCCCGCUUCAUUACCGAUUCCCUUCAGGAGAAAUUGCCAAAACUGGUUGCCCCCGAUGUCCAAUUGCGCUUCUUUACCUGCCCAGCUCCAGGAGCUGCUGUCAUUGACUCCAUCACAGAAGCCACCCUUACUGCCGCCCUCGUCUUUCAGUCCCUUAUACCCCAGGUCUUAGAGGGGAUCGAUGCCGUUGUCGUGGCUUGCUACUCACCUACGCCUCUCGUCGACAUGAUCCGCGAGUCGUACCAGCUGCCUUGCAUGGGCAUCGUCCAAGCCUCGGUCUUGGCUGCUCUCACCGUUGGCCAAAAGGUUGGCAUCCUUACUAGUACUUACCGAUCUGAAUGUUUACUCUACGAACUCUUACAAUCCUUUGGAAUUCAACGUUCUCGCAUUGCUGCUAUUGCCUCCACAGGACGCACCGUCCUGCAACUUUCCAACAUGGAUCCUAAAGAACGCAAGACGCUCUUGGUUCAGCGUGCGCAAGAACUCGUUCGUAUUCACGGAGCCGAUUCCAUUUGCUUAGGUGGAGCCGCUUUGGCUGCGAUUCGUGAUUCCAUUCAAGAAGCCGUAGGUCCAGAAAUCCCCAUCAUAGAUGGUGUCCACGCUGCCAUUGAACAGCUGUCGGGUCUUGUACGCCAAAAGCUAACUACUUCCAAAUCCGGCAUUUAUCAAUAUCCUUAGACAUGUGCUACUACCUAUGACUAACAUACCAGUGCUCUUUCAAGAACUCGGUUUUCCUUUCUACACCAUUAAUUCACCUAGACUAGACAAAACGGUACUGAUGCACCUGAACAUGUACUAUCCUGAAAUGAGCGAGUUCUUGAUUGUUUCAUUGAUGUAUUUCCAUCUCCAUACUGUGACAAGACAAAUAAUGAAUAAUAGACUUUCUUUCCUUUCAAAGAACCCAAUAAUGAAUUGCAUUUUUAGAUUCACUUGAACCAUAAUGAC